ACCUAUUCAAUAUUUGAUUUUUUAGGACAAAUUAUGCCAGCAUUGGGGUUUUCAACUCUUUUUGCUUGUAAUGAAGAAUCAUUUCUUUGGGUAAGAGGAUAUUUUUGAUAUUUGUACUAAAAUUUCCAAUUAUUUAAAAGGGAACAAUUUUACAAAAGAUUGAGACUAAACAGACCUCCUGAAGCAUGGAAAGUGUUAGUCACAGAGAAACAUUUCUAGUUCAGGUGCUGGUGCAAGUACUGUCUUACAGUCUGUGUUCACAGAGAUGGCAUGAGUGUAUGAGGCUGAUAUCUUUUGGGACAAGGGAGAAGGCAGCACAAUGCAGAACUUGGACUGAAUGACUGUUUCAUUAUGCAGGUAACCCAGGAAGUGUUUGUACACGUAAGAGUCUGCAUUAGGGUUUAUAUUAUGCAAGGGUACAUUGGUAGUGUGAUUUGGAAAGUCAUAGUCCUUUAAAAGUUCUCCUGAGUGUUUCUGAUAAUGAGCCAUGUUAGAGAACCUUUGUGGUAGAUAAAAAUAUGGGGAUCGACUUAAUUCUGUAAUACCUGUUUGGGUAUGUUCAUAGCAUAAAGAUCUAGAGUACAUUUACCUCUUCUAACAUCACUAUUCUUAGAAACUAAUUUCAAGGGUAAGUAUUUUGGGGAUAUUUUAAUGGACAGGGAUUUGUAAAUCUUACAUAGGAUCAAUGCAAGUGCUCUGUAGGCAUUGUUUGUUAAUCUGCUAGUGAUUAGAGAAUGAUGUAAAUCUGUAAACCUUGAAUGAGUGAUUUUCAAAGACCUAAGAUGAUACUUAUGCCAGUGGCUUAUUACUUCAAUUCAUAGGAGUGAUAGUUUGGGUAAGAAGAGGACUGAAGUUGAUCAGUAGACUUAGCAAAUAAUAAAAAAAAAUUUAUAUAGAAGAACAGAGAAUUAGGUUGUUUGCUUGAAAUAGAUGUGGAGUAGAAGGGUUAAUUAUUUAAACAAUGGAAUUAUAAAUAUAGAGAGGAAAAUUGUUAAAGUAGGAAAUAGAGGAGACAAUUACAGGAGGACUAUUUUACGAAUGAUAAAGAGAUGGGAUCUAGUGCACACACAGAGGGUUUUGCCAUAGAAACACAGAAAAUCUACAUAUUGUGAAUAGCAGGUCCAGCAGAAUUACAACCUCUGAUAUUGAAGUGAAUGUCAGUAGGGAUUUCAAGAGUAACUGGAUAUCAUUACUGGGUUUAUUUGAAGAGAUAGCAAGGUUGGUUAAUAUUGAUAAUAUUUAUGAUACAAUUUGUGUGUGUGUGUGCCGUCUUCUUUUUCCCUUGGAAUCUUCUCUCAUCUUUUUUCAUUCCUGCACACACAUCAUCAGCAAAAAAGUAAACUGUUUAAAACAAGUUUUAUCUUUCCAGGUUUUCUUCAUGCUCUUAUAAUUAUUUUUAUUUUGUUUUUUAAUAAUAUUAUACAUAGUUUUCUGCUUAUUUCUUUGUUGCUCAACUGUACCUUAUCACUAUUGAUUUUUGAAAUUGUGAAAUAUUUCCAUUGGGGAUUUCAGUUAUUAGUUAAAAAGAUUCUGUCAUUCCUAGAAUGUAGAAAAAAAAAUUCUCAUUACUAACAUGAAAGUGAAUAUUAAGGAAAUCUUCCCUUAUUUUUGUAUUAAAAUUUAUUCUAUUUAUAUUUUAUUUUUAGAAAUAGUAUUUGGUUUUUGUUGGAUUAACUAUGUAUACAUAACUUAUUUUAUACCAUAUGUGGCAAGUUAACGUGGUAAGCCCGUUUAUUUCAUAAUUUUCCCUUUUCCCAUAUGUUUCUAAGUAUACGUUUGUCUGUCUUUAUUUGGUAAAAUCACUGAAGUUAUGACCGUAUUUUAAUCAAUGUUAUAUUCUUAAUAUAAUGUACAGGGCUGAAACAUAAUAAAUCAUAAUGUCUAUUUGUUGAAUGAAUACACAAAUUAUUUGCAGAUUUCAUGAAAUCACUAGUCAUCGUUAUAUUUACAGGUAAAUUGGUUCUAAACUCUGAAAUAAGAACACACAGAAGAACAUAUGGAACAAAGGAACAAUGUGACUGAGUUUGUCCUCUUGGGGCUCACUCAGAGUCUCCAGGGUCAGAAAAUAUUAUUUGUCGUGUUCUUACUCAUCUAUAUUGUGACAAUGGUGGGCAACCUACUUAUUGGCAUCACUGUGGUGGCCAGCCCAACACUGAAUACCCCAAUGUACUUCUUUCUUGGCUACUUAUCAUUUGUAGAUGCUCUUUAUUCUACUACGGUUACCCCAAAUAUGAUUACAGACUUACUCUAUGAGAAGAAAACCAUUUCUUUCCGAGCUUGCCUUACCCAGCUUUUUGCAGAACACUUAUCUGGUGGUUCUGAGGUUUUACUUCUGGUGGUGAUGGCUUAUGACCGCUACGUGGCUAUCUGCAAACCCCUGCAUUAUAUGAUGAUCAUGAACCAAAGGGUGCGUGUUCUGCUGCUGCUGGUGACCUGGGUUGGAGGUUUUGUGCAUGCUGUACUUUAUCUUCUCUUUGUUUACAAUCUUCCCUUCUGUGGUCCCAAUGUCAUUGACCACUUUUGCUGUGACAUGUACCCCUUAUUAAAACUUGCCUGCACUGACACUUAUGUCAUUGGUCUCACUGUGGUUGCCAAUGAUGGGACAAUAUGUAUAGUCAUUUUUAUGCUGCUACUCAUCUCCUAUGGAGUCAUUCUACACUCUCUGAGGAACCUUAGUCAGGAAGGGAGGCGCAAAGCCUUAUCCACCUGUGGCUCCCAUAUCACUGUGGUAAUCCUCUUCUUUGUCCCUUGUAUUUUUAUGUAUGUGAAACCUCCUUCCACUUUACCCAUUGAUAAAUUCUUGAGUGUGUUUUGCACUGUGUUCACCCCUAUGCUGAAUCCCUUAAUCUAUACUCUGAGAAAUGCAGAGAUGAAAAAUGCCAUGAAGAAGCUUUGGAUCAGAAAAAGAAAAUGAAGUCAUAAACAAAGGCAUCCACUAUUUUCAAUAAAGAACUGUUGCUUCCAGGAAAACAAAACACUGAAAUCCACUGCCAUCCAGUCAAUUCCAGGGAAGCUGCAUGUAAUUAUUUAAUUGUGGUAAAUACUUAGUCACAUCAUAAUGCUUGUGCAUGAUGAAAAACACUUAUUAGGAUACUUCCAAUGAUUAAUUUUGUUGAAAAAUAUUGAUUUUUAAGAUUUCCAUUUCCAGGGAAAAUAUACAUACUUUUUUUGGUGUAAAAUGGUUCUAUUGAGUCUACUGAUUUAUAUUCUAUGUGUUGACUUAUGCUACAGCUAAUGCCAGAAAUUUAGUUGAUGGAAGAUUCUCUCAUGUCUCUCUCUUAAAUAAAUGUAAUCCGUUUUCCACAAUUAAUAAUGUUCAUUGCUUAUUUCAGAAUAAAACAUUUUGAAAUAUGACAUAAAAAUAUGUUUCACUCCACCCCAUACAGAGAUAGCUCAUAUUACCUUAGAAGUUUAUAUUUUUAUUUUUGUAUCUGCAAGAUCUUUUAACUAUGUAGUUUUCUAUAUAUUGGUUAGCAUGUUAAGGUUUAUAGAAAGAAUUCUUCAGAAUUCUAAAUUAAUCAUAAGGCGGCUAAACAUAAAAAAAGAAUGUGAAUGAACAAGGCAGAUAGGCAAAAAAAAAAUGACUCAACCUUGCUCUUCUUUUCCCAAUUGGGAAAUCAUCUCCUCAAGUGGAGCAGCUUUGUUUGGUGGUGUAUUUUCAUAAAGAUGAUACAUUCAUCUUCCAACAUCUUUUAAACGCCUGAUGAAGCCUUUCUUAUUUUUCAAUAUAACAUCUCCUUCUUGCUCAUAGUGUUUCAUGAUCUUCUAAAAGAUCCUAAACAAACAAAAAAAACCUGUUUCCAAUUUCGACUCAUAGCGACUCUAUAGAACAGAGUAGAAUUGCCCCAUAGGGUUUCCAAGGAGCACCUGGUGGGAUCAAACUGCUGACCUUUUGGUUAGCAGCUGUUUCUGUUAACUAUUAUGCCACCAGGGUUUCCAAAAGGACCUAGACCCUGCCUGUCACAUGGAAAAUUAGCAAAACCCAUAACCAAGGAACUUCAAAUACACAGUCCAGAACUUGAUACUGGAUUAUUUUGCAUGAUUUCAUUGUGAAGAAAGAUGCUGACCAUUCAAGCUGUUUCCAUUCUCAUAUCUCUUUCUAUGGCAGUGCAGAUUAUUAAGCAAUAAAGAUUGGAAUAUGUUGUUUUAUUUGACAGAGGCCUCAUUCAUUACAUCUUUGUGAACAUUUCUUUUUUGAAUCAAGCUUAAAAUAUUAUCAGCCGCUGUUAUAGUAGGAAAGUUGUGGUAAAAGACACUCAUGGUCCCUGCCUCCCCUGUUUAGUCUUAUUUCAUGAGGUCUAAUGAGAUGGGGGGUUGAGUUCAUUUCACUGGUAAAGCACUCUGUAUGCGUGACUUUGUAUCCUGGUAUUUACCUCCAGUAUUAUUUCAUGGCUAUUUCUUGUACUAUCUCAGCCCUUUCUAAGCAUAACACUAUUUAUCAAAUAAUAUCAAACAUUUGGUUGGUCUGAGUUAACAUAACUAAAUACUCUCCUUCUGCUAUUUAGUCAAUUUUCAUAUUUAUACAGUUAUAUCAAGUGAUGAGAUAAGAACUCUAGUUAAUUGUCUACUUAUGUUCAUUGAUUUAUAAGUUACCUGAAGGCAGAAAAGUUGAUUAGUUUUGUGCUCUGUUUCUUGCACAAUGUCUGGGAUAUAGAAUUCACCCCCAGAAACUUUAUAAAUUAUUUGCAUUCUUGAAUUCUCAAUCUAUUGGAGUCAGAAUAUUUACUGAGGAAUUUUGAUGAACUUUUUAUAUACUAAAUAUAUGUACUACUUUUCUUUGAUAUUUGCUAUAAAUGUUUACCAUACCAUGUUUUUCAUAUAUUAAUUAUGGGCAUCUUUAUAUACAGAUGUUAUAUUUAAGGAUUCUUUCUGAUUUCUUCAUUUACAGAUACUUGGAGAAUUCCAUUCCCUUUCAUUGACUUUAUACAAUUCAACCUUUUUUAAUUUUUUUGUUUUGUAAAUAACUUUGAAUUAAUUCUGUUUUCAACCCAUCUAGAAUUUAUCUUUAUUUUUGGUUAAGGAUAUCUAAACCUAUUUUCUCCAAAUCUGUGAAAUAUUCUGCCAGCAUAGUUUAUUAUUUUCAGUACUAAUUUUAAAUUUCCUUUCUGAUAAUAUGUCAUUUUAUACAUCUAAAAGGAUUAAUUUUUCUUCUUCUUUUUUUUUUAGCUUAUGUCUCUGCCACUAACACACACUAUUUCAGUAAUCACAUAUUUUUAAUAUUAUUUAUACCUGGUCAAAGAAAAAAUAAACCAAAUCUGUUGCCAUUGAGUCUAUUCUGACUCAUAGCUACCCUAUAGGAGAGAGUAGAACUGCCUCAUAGGGCUUCCAAGGAACAGCUGGUGGAUUCGAAGUGCUGACUUUUUGGUUAGCAGCCAAGCUCUUUAACCACUAUGCCACAUUCUUCUAUUUGAGAACACUGCUUUAAAAAUAAAGAAUUUUGUUUUUCUUUCAGGAAGUGAACAUCGCAUUCAUUUCCCUCAAAAACACAAAUGGAAAUCUCCCAGAGGUUCCAUUUUGUUCUGAAAAUUAUGCUUACGACUAUGAUAGACUUCCCCUGACUCACAUUCUUUGCCAUAUAUCUGUAUGUAGUAUUUUGUUUUUAUUAAGGAGUUUUGUUAUGCUGCUCAAUCUUUUACCCAUGACAUUACCCAUGACAUAAAGGGCUCUCAUGAUGUUAUUUUCUUGUGUCUCUGUGAAAACCCAAUGACCUUCUACUAGUCGUCUUUCAAAUAGCAUGCAUCUUGUCACUUUAUCAGGGAAUUUUUGAAUCCCACCUUCUAGUGUUCA